CGUUUUGUAUUCAAACUGCACAGAUUUCAUUUGCGACUAAAUCCUUCACUUCAAAAAGACAAAGGCUGUUAAAUCCUGCAUGGAGCCUACAGCAUAGAGAGAGAAUCAGGAUAAAUAAAGUGCUACCAGACAAACUUGGUCAAUAAGAAAGGAAAUAAUGACUUUUGGAUUCCUUUUUCUGAAAGCUUAGCUAGCUGGACAUUAAUGACAUCAAAGCAGAAUCUACUGUUAGAUUAGAUUACCAGGACAUAGCCUCAGAAGGUGAAAAUGCAAAAAGCAGUGCUGCUUUAUAUUCUUCUACUUAUUUCUCUGGGUAUUGCUCUUGCUCAGAAUGAAAACAAUGGAAUGCAAAGGAGAGCAAGGAGGAGAAUGCGCCAUAGAGGAUUAAGGAAGGGCUCCAUGAUAUAUCGUAGAAUAAACAAGAAGCCACAAGUGAUUCGUCCAAUUCCUACUACUCCAGUACCAAUAAUCCCACUUAUUGAUAAUUAUGGCGAUAUUACAGGAAUAAUUGAUUCCCUUGUUGGUUUGGAUGGACAAGAAUCCAGUUACAACAUUUUGCCAGAAAAACAAGGACGCUGUUUUGCAAAUGGGAUGAUUAUGUAUGAGAAUGCUGUGUGGUCUCCUAAACCUUGCAUUACAUGCCUCUGCUCAAAAGGGAAGGUGUUGUGUGAUGAAACGUUGUGUCAUCCUCUGACAUGUGACAACCCUAAGAUACCUGAAGGAGAGUGUUGCCCUGUGUGUACAAAUAUUGGAUCAAGUACUAUUUCACUAGGUGAUGCAUCUGAAUAUUCUGGUGACUCUCCAAAACCCAAUGACCAUAGUAAUCCAGUUCAACAUGAUCGACAAAAACAAGUUCAAAGGAAUGAAAAAGAAGGGGAAGUACUUGUAAAAACAGAAAUGCAUAUAAAAAAGCAAGGAAGCAUCAAAAGGAAAAGAAUAAAAAUCCACAAACAGAGAAGAAAACAGGGAGACACAAAUGUUCAAAUGGAAAAAGAGGAGAACUUGAGAGCAGAGGAAGAAAAAAGGAAAGCAUAUGAAGAAGAAGAGUUAAGAAUUGAAAAGCAACUCAAAAAAGAGGAAGAACAAAAUGAAAUCCAAGAGAGUGAAAGAAGUGAGGAGGAGGAGGAGGAAAUAGAAGAAGAUGAUAUUUUGCGUGGUGAUGUAUUUAGAAUGCCCCCUCGUUUCCCAAUUCCUGUACCUUCAACUGAAAUGCCUCCUUUGCCAACUGGAUGCUCUGUCCUGGACAACACAGUAAGCUGCAUUAAUGCCAAACUUACACAAAUACCACCCAUCAUGGAGGAAGAGAUUACAAGCAUAGAACUUGUGGGAAAUGCCAUCACAACCAUUCCAGGUGCAGCUUUCAAUGGGAUUCCUAAUUUGGAAAGGAUUGAUCUUCGUAAAAAUAAUAUCACCUCAUCUGGCAUAGAGCCAGAUGCAUUUAAAAACCUGAAGAAUCUACAGCGUUUAUAUAUGGAUGGAAAUGUACUAGUUCAUGUUCCAGUUGGUUUGCCAUCAACUUUAGAAGAACUUAAAAUAAACGAAAAUCAACUACAUGCAAUUGAUGAAAAUAGUUUUCAAGGUUUAAAAAAGUUGGUGACCCUGGAAUUAGAAGGAAACAAACUGAGUGAAGCAAAUGUCAGCCCUUUAGCUUUCCAGCCUUUGAAGAGCUUGUCCUAUUUGCGCCUUGCACGAAAUAGGUUUCGGAUUAUUCCACAGGGGCUUCCCCAUUCCAUUGAGGAACUAUAUCUUGAAAAUAAUGAAAUUGAAGAAAUCACAGACAUUUGCUUUAACCAUACUAAAAAUCUAAAUACAAUUGUUCUAAGGCACAACAAAUUAGAAGAAGGCAGAAUAGCCCCUUUGGCAUGGAUCAAUCAUGAGAACCUGGAAUCCAUUGAUCUUUCUUACAAUAAGUUGUACCAUGUUCCCUCCUAUCUGCCAAAGUCAUUAGUGCACCUUGUACUUAUAGGAAACCAAAUUGACAGAAUUCCAGGAUUUGUAUUUGGACACAUGAGGCCUGGUCUGGAGUACCUCUACCUUUCAUUUAACAAACUUGAUGAUGAUGGAAUUGACCCUGUGUCAUUCUAUGGGGCAUAUCACUCUCUCAGAGAAGUGUUUUUGGAUCACAACCAGUUGAAAUCUGUGCCACUUGGAAUUGCAGAAAUGAGAUCACUAAAUUUUCUCAGGCUCAACAACAACAAAAUAAGAGCAGUUCCCACAGAGCGCAUCUGUAGAAUUAGAAGGGAUAAUGAGGAUGAUGAGGAAGAAGAUGACAGUGAAGAAGAUCAUGACUAUGAAGAUUCACAACUGGAACAUCUUCACCUUGAAUAUAAUUAUAUAAAUACCAGAGAUCUUUCUCCGUAUGCUUUUUCAUGUGUUAGAUCAUACUCUAGUGUGAUUCUGAAACCUCAGAAAAUCAAAUAAAUGAGCCGGUUUCUAUCACAAAACAGAUUUUUAUAUGUAAAUAAAAUACUUAUAUUAGCUCAUCAUCAAUGAGUGAAACCAAAUAAAAUGCUUGAGCACCAUUAUUACUCAAUAUUAUUUAUUCUUAAUGAAAGGUGAGGUGUAAGUGUAGGAAUGCUUAUAGGAAAGUGACACUGCUUAAAUACCAGAAAUAUAAGAGUAGCAUCCUGGUUCUCAUUCUAAGUCACACAAACUGCUUAGACGAAUAUUUGUUUUUGAAUGUCAUAAGGAAGCACAAUAUAAGUGGAUUUUAUUGGUAUUCUGAUUAACAUUAAAGACUUAAUUUGAUCAAGACAAAUUCAGCAGCUGUGGCUGGUCCUGGAGAUGCCUCAUUUGAAGCUGCAACCACAUGGCUGAGUAGGGCUAAUUACAGGGAGUUCAUGACUCCCUUGUGACAUCAGCUUCACUGGUUAUUGGUUUGUUCCGUGGCACAACUCAAAAUGCUAGUUAUGACCUAUAAAACCCUAUAUGGCUUAGGUUCAGGCUGUUUGAAGGAAGGUAUUUCCCCACAUGAGUUUGUCCAGAGAGAUCUUUGGGGGAAGCCCUUCUCUGGCCCAACACUCUCAUGAGCACAUCUGGUGGAAACACAGAUUGCUCCAGUGUUAUGAAACUUCAUUCCUAGGAGUUUUAUUAAUGGGUUGCUGUGAGUUUUCUGGGCUGUAUGGCCAUGAUCCAGAAACAUUCUUUCCAUACAGCCUGGAAAACUCAAAGCAACCCAGUGAUUCUGGCCAUGAAAGCCUUCUACAACACAAUUUUAUUAUUGUUAUUCUUCUAUCAGCAGAUAGAGAUUUUUUUUGUUAUUCUAACAAGCUUUGAGAAUAAUUUAGAAAGAAUGAGCUUUUAAUACUGUGUAAUGCUAACUUAAUUCCUAUGAAACUGUUUGUAUGUUUUUGCUUAUAUGUGCUUAUAUGUGUUUUUAUUGUAUCGGUUUUAACUUUUUAAUGCCACCAUGAAUACAAGUUCUGGAGGAAAAGGUGGAAAUAAAUAAAUGAAUAUGAUAAUGA